UUUUGUUGGAGGAUUUAUUGGGGCAAUUUCUUCCAUUUUAUUUCUCUUGAUAUACAGGACAAACUUCAGUUGCCAAGACUGACGUUAGCAAGGGUUGUUUUGUUCAUGAUCACAGUUUUCAUGAUCAAGAAUUAAAGAGGACGGUUAGUGCCAGUACCAGAUUGUACAGAAAGUGAUAUUAAGCUGAGGUUUGAGCCAACUUUGUCUCUGCUAAAAGACUUACAGCCAAAAUUCCUCACUUGGCUUCUUUUGGCAAGCUAACCUGAGUGGCAGUUGCAUCUGGAUUUGAGAAAAAUUUCAUCCAUGGAUGGCUUGGGAUGGGAUGACUCAGAAGUUGUAGCAAACUCAUUGCCUGUGUGGAAUAGUCAGCGAAAUGAUAUAGAAGACAGUUUCUUAAUGUCCAACUCAAAUUCCUCCAUGUAUUGUGGCAAGAUGAAUCUGCCAGAAGAUAUCUUCAAUCCAAUUCAGGAACUCCAGAAAGCGGAGCCAUCCCGUGUAAAUUCAGAUUCAGAUAUAGUAAGGGAAAUGGUUCAACAACAAGUUUCUGAACUAGAUUCAGUAAACGUUGCCUCAAACUUUAAUAUGUUGCAGCGUCAAGGAGUAAGGUUAGCCGCGGAUACAAGCCUCCUGAAAUCUGCCAAUUGGGGAGAUGCUUUAUCACAAGAGUUGUGCUCUUCUGCUUGGAUGAAAAGAGCUUAUGGUUUGAGCACAUCAAAUGCUUCGAUUUCUGAUAUUGGCAUGGCGGUUCAAUCGCAAGUCAUGAAGGGUUUACAAAAUGGAAAGGCUGGGGCUACAACUACCGGUUCUCUUGAGGCCUUUGAUUGCUUGCUCUCAGCAACUAAUAGCAACACUGAUACAUCAGUUGAAGAUGAUGGAAUUUCCAUGAUUUUCUCUGACUGUAAAAACUUAUGGAAUUUUGCUGCUAGCAGUGCAGUUUCAUCAGGAGAGUCUGAAAACAAUGGCUCAAAUACUGGAAGCAAAGAUUUCAACUGUCCAGUAAAUGAACUUGAUGAAACAUUGUCCCAGAGUUCUUCGGAUCGGUACUUCAAAAAUGGCAAACUAUCACAAACAAGGCCUAGUUCUUCAAAGAGAGGCAGUGAUCAAAGUGAGUUUAAAGUUAGUCUAAAUUGUGGUUACUUUAAUCUUCUUCAGACUGACUCUUCUGCCACAGAAGGAGGUUUUAGGCUCAUUCCUGAGAACCCACCAAAAGCAAAGAAAGCCAGAACAGAAAAGCGCCCCAGCUCAUCGAACAUCAAUUUUCAACAGCCAAGUUCAUCAGUAUCUUCUUCCAUUGAGGAACCUGAUCCAGAAGCCAUUGCACAAAUGAAAGAGAUGAUUUAUCGAGCUGCGGCCUUUAGGCCUGUGAGCUUAGGCUUGGAAGUAGUGGAGAAGCCAAAGAGGAAGAAUGUGAGAAUAUCAACUGAUCCUCAAACUGUUGCUGCAAGGCAAAGGAGGGAGAGGAUAAGUGAGAGAAUUAGGGUUCUGCAGAGGCUGGUUCCUGGUGGGAGCAAGAUGGAUACAGCAUCAAUGCUUGAUGAGGCUGCAAACUACCUUAAGUUCCUCAGGUCCCAAGUCAAGGCACUAGAAAACCUAGGCCACAAGCUUGAUCCAGUGAAUUGUCCUCCUACCAAUCAUGCUUUCUCUUCUUUACCAUUCAACCACUCUCUUCCCAUGCAAACACAUUUUCCACUCCUAAACCCUAAUCAUAUCCAACACCCACAGAGUUGAAAAAACUAUUCCAAAACCUAUAAAAGAAAUCCUAACCACAUGUUUCCUCAGUCACACUCAUCAUCGUUUCAUAAUUCAUCAUUAAUGAUUAACAUGCAAAAACCUUUUCGCAGCCUCAUAGCAAGUAGUAGUACUAUAUAGAAAGCUAAUCCAAGUCCCUUGAUCAUCAUUUUCGUCAUUGCAUCUACUGUAAUCAAGAUUUAAAAAGUCUUGGUAAUGAUAGCUUUCCUGAUUAUCACCAUCAUCGUAUCCACCACCCAAGAGCAGAAAAGGAGUGUUAUGAUCAGUUCUAUUUCCACCAUCGUGUUUGCUGCUACCACUUUCAAAACUAAGAUAAUUGGAGUGGAACAGCCAAAAAGAAGGGUGGAAAUAGCAUAGUUCUUGUCCACCUUUUCAUAUGAAAAGGCUUAGCAAUUAUAGCACCUAUGAUUAAGAUCAAGGGCUAGAAAGUGAUAAUCACUUUACUCUUGUUUAAUGUAUUCUGUGAACUUAAAAGCUUUCUUUUUCUUGGA